GCCACAUCCUCAACGCAUGUCCCCUUCUUCUUCUUUCGUCUUCUUCUUCUCUCCACCAAGUUGAGAUCUCCGUUUCACCAAAAUUCUUUCUCUCUCUACGGCGUGAGACAACCAGAAAACCGGUUUUCCGGUAUCCCGCCGGUUAACCGGAACCCUACCACGGUACCCUUUUUCCCGGUUUUCUUGUUUGGUAGCAAAACCAGAGAAGCUGAGCCUAAGAGGAAAGAAAACCAUAGAAAGUCUGAAACUAGGGUUUCUUGUUCGCUGUUUCCUGCUCAACCCUAAUUUUUCUCCGCCCCGAUAAAGAAAAGAAAGAGAGAGAAGGUUCUUCAAAAUCAGACCCAAAACGUCAACCGAGCAAACCAACCCUAGAAUUUUUUUAAAAAAAAUCUCAUGAACAAAGAGGUGUCUGUCUUUAGGGUUUCGAAGUUUUUUUACACACAAUCUUCAGUUCGGAUCUGACCCAAUAUAGCGAUGAGUUACAAACUGGAAGAUACUUGGAGAAGAAAAUCAAGUUAAAUACGCUUCCUCGGAGAUUUGAAGAGAUCCAAUUAAUUUCCUUUUGGGAUACAUCCAUCAUCAUCAUCAUGUAUCAUCCAAACAUGUUCGAGAGUCAUCUCAUGUUCGAUAUGACCCCGAAGAGCUCUGAUAAUGACUUGGGGAUAACUCAGAGUAGAGAAGAUGAUUUCGAGACGAAAUCCGGCACUGACGGCACCACGGAGAAUCCAUUGGGCGAGGAGCUCCAAGACCCGAACCAACGUCCCUCCAAGAAGAAGCGUUACCACCGCCACACUCAACGCCAGAUUCAAGAACUCGAGGCGUUCUUUAAGGAGUGUCCUCAUCCAGAUGAUAAGCAAAGGAAAGAGUUGAGCCGAGAGCUCGGGCUAGAGCCUCUUCAGAUUAAGUUUUGGUUCCAAAACAAACGAACCCAGAUGAAGGCGCAACAUGAGCGGCAUGAGAAUCAAAUACUGAAGUCUGAGAACGACAAGCUCCGGGCGGAUAACAACAGGUACAAAGAAGCUCUCAGCAAUGCAACUUGCCCUAACUGCGGCGGCCCAGCUGCUCUCGGGGAGAUGUCCUUCGAUGAACAACAUCUCAGGAUCGAGAAUGCUCGUCUCCGCGAAGAGAUUGACAGAAUCUCUGCCAUUGCUGCGAAAUACGUUGGGAAGCCAUUGGCUUCUUCUUAUCCUCAUCUCCCGUCCCACAUGCCUUCGCGUUCGCUUGAUCUCGAGGUUGGGAACUUUGGAAAUCAGACAGGGUUUGUAGGGGAAAUGUACGGGGCAGGAGACAUUCUCAGGUCGGUUUCGAUCCCUUCUGAGGCAGAUAAGCCUAUGAUCGUCGAGCUUGCGGUUGCUGCCAUGGAGGAGCUUGUCAGAAUGGCUCAGUCCGGCGAGCCCUUAUGGGUUCCUGGUGAAAACUCGGCCGAGAUUCUCAACGAAGAAGAAUACUUCAGAACUUUUCCCCGAGGGAUUGGGCCGAAGCCUCUAGGCAUGAGAUCGGAAGCAUCAAGAGAGUCUGCCGUUGUUAUUAUGAAUCAUAUCAAUCUGAUCGAGAUUCUCAUGGAUGUGAAUCAGUGGUCAUGUGUCUUCAGUGGAAUCGUUUCAAGAGCAAUGACAUUAGAAGUUCUCUCAACCGGAGUCGCAGGGAACUACAAUGGCGCCUUGCAAGUGAUGACAGCUGAGUUCCAAGUCCCGUCCCCACUCGUUCCAACUCGCGAGAACUACUUUGUGAGGUACUGUAAACAACACAGCGAAGGUACGUGGGCAGUUGUGGACGUCUCUUUGGACAGCCUACGACCAAGUCCGAUCUCCAGAAGCAGAAGAAGGCCCUCAGGUUGUCUGAUUCAAGAACUGCCAAACGGAUAUUCAAAGGUGACAUGGGUGGAGCAUGUGGAAGUGGAUGAUAGAUCGGUUCACAACAUGUACAAACCACUGGUUCUUACCGGUUUAGCUUUCGGGGCGAAACGUUGGGUCGCUACCCUCGAUCGUCAGUGUGAGAGGCUCGCCAGUUCCAUGGCCAGUAACAUUCCGGCUGGAGAUCUUUCCGUCAUAACGAGCCCUGAAGGGAGGAAGAGCAUGCUGAAGCUGGCGGAGAGGAUGGUGAUGAGCUUCUGCAGCGGCGUAGGCGCGUCGACUGCACACGCUUGGACAACAUUGUCGGCGACAGGAUCCGACGAUGUUCGGGUCAUGACCCGAAAGAGCAUGGAUGACCCGGGAAGGCCGCCGGGCAUCGUCCUCAGCGCCGCGACUUCGUUCUGGAUCCCUGUUCCGCCGAAACGGGUCUUCGAUUUCCUCCGCGAUGAGAAUUCCAGAAGCGAGUGGGAUAUUCUCUCAAAUGGAGGGCUCAUUCAAGAGAUGGCUCAUAUCGCCAAUGGCCGCGAUCCUGGAAACUGUGUCUCCUUGCUCCGAGUCAAUAGUGGGAACUCGAGCCAGAGCAACAUGCUGAUCCUACAAGAGAGCUGUACGGACGCGACAGGGUCGUACGUGAUAUAUGCGCCGGUGGACAUUGUGGCCAUGAACGUGGUGCUGAGCGGCGGGGACCCUGAUUACGUGGCACUGUUGCCGUCAGGGUUUGCCAUUCUGCCGGACGGAUCAGGUGGAAAUGGAGUUGGGGCGGGAGGAGGAGAGGAAAAUCAAGAAGUGGCUUCGUCUUCCGGUGGAUGCGGUUCCCUUCUCACAGUUGCAUUUCAGAUACUUGUGGAUUCUGUUCCGACGGCUAAGCUAUCUCUCGGGUCAGUGGCUACCGUCAACAGUCUGAUCAAAUGCACGGUCGAGCGGAUCAAAGCCGCUGUCUCCUGUGAUGGGGCCUGACUAUGGAAGUUUCAGUUUGUUCAGAACCGAGAAGAAUUAAGUGUGUGCAAGCUUGAGCAGAUCUACUUGUUAUAUAUCGAUAUCGUUUUCUUUUUGGUUUCUUGAAUCUCCAAAGGAAGUCAAGAACGCACCUUUUGCGUUUAUUCUCUGGUCGGGUGUGCGAAAGAGGAGAGACCCUCGGGCUGAGAAAGAAGGGUAAAGAGGUUCGGGUAUUGACUUCUGCUGGAAUCGUUUCCUUUUGUUGAGACCAAUCUUCAUCGUUGUCUUUUUAGGGUCUGUAGUUGCUGUUUAGGAUUCUUUAGUAAAACGCUGGACGACUCUCUCAUCACGUUCGUUGUUGACAAUCUGACGCCGUUCUGUUUCUUUUGUUUAUUCGGCAAAGUGUAACGUGUUUUUGUUUGUAUCCGUCGCCUCUUUGUGGCAUUGACAUUACGUAAUAUGUGAUGAAAACUGCGUUAUUUAA